AGUGUACAUAUAAUUUGUAGCUUGGAUAUAUAUAGUCAUAAAAAAUUUUGACGAAAGCGAUCAACAAUAAACACACAAUGGAAAAGAUUUUGAUUCUUUGUGUUUUUCUAGCUCCAAUGGUCAUGCAAGGUUGGUGUAUCCAAUGUUACGAGUGCUUGAACUGCACCACAAUUAACGCUAACGACACAGAUAAGGUCGUAACCUGUGAUGAAGUCCCGCCUAUCACGGCACCGGGAAUUUCAGCGGCUUGCGUGAAAAUCGUUGGAACAAUUAACGGUGGUCCGUAUGUCGUAAGACAAUGUGGUUUUGGCAACGGUGACACCUGUAUCGAGCAAGUGAUUGUUACGGAACAAUACAACGUGACUGGAGAAUCUUGUUAUUGCCACUCAGAUUUGUGCAACGGAGCGAAAUCCUUCAAUUUCAACUUCCUCUUAACGGCUGUGAUUACUGCAGCAUUAGUGGCAAUUUUUGCUUACUGACGGAAUGUUAUUGUCCUUUUUGCCUUUUCAUAGAUAUUACUUGCUUAUUCAUGGACAUUAUUUGCUUAUUCAUGAACAAUAUUUAUUUACUAAUAGACAAUGUUUGCUUAUUAAGGGGACAUUCCUUUCUGACUAAUCGUUAAUUUUAAGACAGACUGAAUUACCAGGCAAAAAUGAUGCUUUAUGAGUUGAUUUUCCAACCGCAAAAUUUAUUAGAAGUUAUGAUUCUUGAUAAAUGUGGCCUUUAUUAAUCUCAAUCAUUACUUAUCGAUUUUAAUCGGUAAGUAAGUUGAUGGGUAUUUGUCUGUCUGUUUGUAUGUCUGUC